CUUAUUAGCAGCCUCAGAUUCCCUUGUCCUCUCAGAGCGCACGCCUGUUCUUCUUCCUGUUGUUGUCUCACCGCGCAGCAAGGAGCAGCCAGCAUCGAGAGAGCAGCAAUGGCUAUGGCGUCGUCAAGCGGGCUCAGGAGCUGCAGCGCCGUGGGCGUGCCGAGCCUGCUGGCGCCUUCGUCCCGGUCCGGCCGCUCCGGACUGCCGUUCUGCGCCUACGCCACCACCUCCGGCCGCGUCACCAUGUCCGCCGAGUGGUUCCCCGGCCAGCCCCGCCCCGCCCAUCUGGACGGCUCCUCGCCAGGGGACUUCGGGUUCGACCCCCUGGGCCUCGCCACCGUGCCGGAGAACUUCGAGCGGUUCAAGGAGUCCGAGAUCUACCACUGCCGCUGGGCCAUGCUCUGCGUGCCAGGGGUGCUGGUGCCGGAGGCGCUGGGGCUGGGCAACUGGGUGAAGGCGCAGGAGUGGGCGGCGCUCCCAGACGGGCAGGCGACGUACCUGGGCAACCCGGUGCCGUGGGGCAACCUGCCGACCAUCCUGGCGAUCGAGUUCCUGGCCAUCGCCUUCGCGGAGCAGCAGCGCACCAUGGAGAAGGACCCGGAGAAGAAGAAGUACCCCGGCGGCGCCUUCGACCCGCUCGGCUUCUCCAAGGACCCCGCCAAGUUCGAGGAGCUCAAGCUCAAGGAGAUCAAGAACGGGCGGCUGGCGAUGCUGGCGUUCGUGGGGUUCUGCGUGCAGCAGUCGGCGUACCCCGGCACCGGCCCGCUGGAGAACCUGGCCACGCACCUCGCGGACCCGUGGCACAACAACAUCGGCGACAUCGUCAUCCCCAGAAAUAUCUACGGCCCUUGAGCGGAGCCGACCGGGCUGAGAGGAGAUCGAGGAGCCGGAGCGCAUGGUUUUCAUUCAUGUUUCUGAGUCGAUCCAUUGGUUGAUCACCUUGCCACGCUGGCUCUGCGCGCGCACCGUCCGUGCGUGCUGGAACUGUACAACAACGUCGGCUCUCCGGCCGGCAACCUUUGUAAUGUGUAAAGCUUAAGUAGCGGCCGCUGUUGCGAAUGCAUCCGUGUGAUCUGUAUAAA